UGACCGAUGAAUAGGUGAUUGAUGGGCUGAUGAUGCCAGACGGCAAGGCGGGAGUGGUCCAAGAAUCCAAACCCAAACUUAACCCCAAACCCAAAUCCGCCCAACCCCAAAUCCAAGGCGAGAACAUCGCGGCGAGUCGCGGGAGAGGCUGCCUCUGCCUGUUUCUUGGCGGCGACAUUCGACAAAAGGUUGCAUGUGAGGAAGUACACAUACAUACAUUUACGUACUUUCGUUGUUUGGAGAACAGCAUAAUGCUUACCAUACCGACCUACCUCCCUGUAUCUGUACAUCGUAAGCCAUCAAUAGCAAAACGGACAGAAGAAAUGGGGGACAAGUUGGGGUAAAAUCAGGUGGCGUGUCUUGUCUUGCAUGUUGUCGGUGUGCCUGUGUGAGUGUCUGAGAAUAAGUGUGUAUGUGUCUUUCGUCGUCCCUCGUCCGACAUCUGGGGCAAUGCAUGUCCUCGGGCUUACUGCAACUACACUAUCUGUGUAGGCGAUAGAUAGUACGGUAUCCUUGCGACUCACCUAAUGAUGAUACUGACGCUGCUGCUGCUGCCGUCGUGGUAUGCUGAUGUGGUGUUGGAUAUAAAGGCAGUUUACGUUUGCUGCUGGCCCAUACCCUGCUUUUCUUUGGAGGAGGGCCGCAGGUGCCAAAGUUUUUAUUCUAAGUAUUUACCUUCCCAGGUAAGCAUUUUGUGGCUUCCUGGGCGGAGGGAUGAAAUGACAUGCUGCUGCUGGCGGCCGCCACCAACAGAGUUCCUCCUCGUGGCGUGGGACGAGUCGCCGUCAAGGCCAAACGCACGAGCGUGUUUCGUGGCACUCUGUUGAAGAAGACGGACGACUCACUUCACCGCCAAAGGCAAAGAGGACAUUGGCAUGCCAUGCCAGUGGGAAUCUGCAUGCUGGAUGAGGAAGCGGUCGCACACAUCUUGGGAGCGAGCGACACAUCAAAACACACGAGACGAGCGACAGAACAGGGACUGGGAAGCGAGAGGAUCGCCCCGGCUGGCGUUUUUGUGCCUGAGGGACCUGCUGCCCUGAAGAGCUCGCCGUGGCAGGUACCCUGUACAGAGUACUCCGUAUCCGUACGAUGGUACUCUGUACAGACCGGCGCAUCGCCAUGGGCCCGGGCCUGGUCUGAGGCUUGGGCCCUGAGUGCCUUCCUGCUCCUGCCUCGGCUUGCUCAAUCCUCACUCGCGCGACACUGACAACUAAACUACCUAAUUAUCUACCCUUUGGACUGUCAGUGCACAACCACAUCCAUCAACCGUAUGUCAUGUCAUUGGCAACGUCGUGCUGGUGCUAACGUCAACGUCGACAUCACCCUCCCUUCGACGCUUGCUUGGGUGGAAUAAGCUGUGGUUCUUCCUCUCCAUGGGUUGCAUUUGCCAGCCGCGGUGGGCAAGGGUCGCCCUCUCGUUGCGGCAGGGUUCAAAAUCCUCUCUCCCCUUCCCCCCCAGCCACCCGACCUCCCUCCAUGGGGGAGAGAGUCUGUCUAUCCGUUACUCUUCGCAGGUGCUCCAUAGUCAUUCUUUACUGUAGUAAUCUGAAGGAAGAGAAUCGCAGUGCUCGGGACUUUCCCAACCAAGCCGUUCCCUCGGCACUUGUCACACACUUUCCCUCUGGACUCAGUUUGACCACUUGCCGCGAUCGGGUUGUGGAGCUGCGAAUGCGUUCACAGCAAAACAUGGAAGCAGGAACGGCUGGUGGUGGCAGCUAC